GCUGUGUUCGUACAAACGCUAAUCUGACAUAGGAGUAGAGCGCGUUGCCUUAGCUCUCCAGCUGAUGUUAUGUGAUGUGAUGGAGAUUUUAAGUAAGCAUAAUCUCACAUAGUACUGUGCGGAAAAGUGGAUUUACAUGCGCAAAUCAGUGGAAUAACAGCGCGCCGAAAAAUGAAGACAGCUAUGCGUCAUGGGGUAGCAGUGUUUUUAGCAAUAACCAUGUGCACCAGUUUGUUCUUCGUGUACAACGCCAGCUUCAGCAGCAGCAGCAACACUUCAAGGGGCUCGAACGAUGCGUCGAGUCGUAAGAGUGAGCUGUCCCCCAGUACACCUACACCUGUCAAGGCGCACAAAUCUCCCCCCUCAGUCUUGCAAGGAUACAACAGCAUCAUUGACCACAAGCCGCUCAAGAUGCACUGCAACAGCUGCGCGCUGGUCACCAGCUCCGGCCACCUGACGGGCGGCGCGCGCGGCACGGACAUCGACGCGGCCGAGUGCGUCAUCCGCAUGAACGACGCGCCGGCGGGCGGCGCCUACGGCGGGGACGUGGGCCGGCGCACCAGCUUGCGCGUGGUGGCCCACUCCAGCAUGCAGCGCGUGCUCCGCGGACGCCACCAGCUGCUCAACGCCAGCCAGGACGCCGUGUUCAUCUUCUGGGGGCCCAGCAGCUACAUGCGGCGCGACGGCAAGGGCCUCGUCUACAACAACCUGCGUCUCAUGAACCAGGUGCUGCCCAAGCUCAAGGUCUACAUCAUCUCCUGGCAGAAGAUGCUGCAGUUCGACGAGCUCUUCAAGAAGGAGACGGGCAAGGACAGGCGGAUUUCGAACUCGUGGCUGAGCACCGGCUGGUUCACCAUGACCAUAGCUCUGGAGCUGUGUGACAGAAUCAAUGUUUAUGGAAUGGUGCCUCCAGACUUCUGCAGAGAGGCGGAGCAUCCCUCUGUGCCCUACCACUACUACGAGCCUCGGGGUCCAGACGAGUGUGCCAUGUACAUCUCCCACGAGCGCGGUCGCCGCGGCAGCCACCACCGCUUCAUCACCGAGAAGCGCGUCUUCGCCAAGUGGGCCCAGACGUUCGACAUCCACUUCUAUCAGCCCGACUGGAGCCCACCACCCCUGUCCCAAAACCAGACAGCCCUGGACACGCCGGCCACUCCCACCAUCGUAUCAGGAGUUCAGGAGACGUGACCUGAUGGGCGUCUCUUGGCCCCUUUUCUGACAGGCUCUGGGUGGGGCGGGUGGGGGGGGGUCAAGCCUCAUGGACAGCACUGCAGACAGACACAGGGGGAACUGGUCAUCUGGUGUCUGUCUGCAGCAAUCCCAUUGGCUAUCGCUUUGUCUCAGUUUGAAUGCCUAAAACUGGACGAAUGUUGUCCAGGCUGGUUUGGAGAUACCAGCUUCCCAUCUUCGCUUGGGACAUGCUCACUGUGGCCCGUACUGUGACCUCUGCACUGAGUUUUGUACUUGACUUUGUGUCAUCCUAUCGUUUGAGGACAGGUGGGCUUCAUUGUGCAACCUGUGUGCUUGCGCUUUGGCCACAAAAGGUGAUGAGGAAUAGAACAGGUUACCCCUACUGAAGCACAAAAGUAGAGGCAGAAGCACUGAAUGGUCCAGCCUUCGGGUUCACGCCUCUGUAUGUUUUCUUUUGUCAGUAAAGCUUUUGCACCUCACAGCACGGGGGGGGGGGGGGGGGGGGGGGUGGGGUUCUCGAGUUGCUCUACAGUCACCUCUGUCAACAUGAGUUAGGGGAGAGAGUGCAUAAACACAGGGGAUAAAUGCCAAUAUUCCCAAAAUGUUUACUCUGGGUUGUCUAGUAAUCCCUGAAACGACAUGACAUUAACUCCAAAGUUCGGGAAAUGUUGCACUCAAAUGUCUUCGUGUUCAGCAUUAUGUGAGAAUAUCCGUAUGGGAUUAAUGUAGAGCAAAGAAAAGCCUUAAUAUUCUGUGUUUCUCAUAAAGAAGGAUGUAUCUUCCAGUCAGCAUCAUCCCCAAACAUGUGAGUCAUUACAUUUGAGGAUGAUAUGGAGACCUGUUCCAUAAAGAUACUGCUCAAUUAUCUUGACCACAAUGGGAUAUUCAUAAGAACCAAGAACAUUAACUUUCUGUUUUCAGUAUUGCUUGCAUUUCUGUUUUUCUGUUCAUUGUAGUACUGUGAAUAUUAAUAGAUAAAAGUGGCAGUGAACGGACACUAAGCCUGUGUCCUCACCACAGGCCACAGACCAAAGUGCAAACACUCCAACUAAAGAGAUUUAACUUAUUUAACACAUUCCCAAAUGCAGCUGAAAGGUGUU